UUAUGCUGCUGUAAUUUUGAAUGCUGAAGUAGCUGCUCUAGAGGAAGUGUUUUAAUUUCCACAGAGUGGAUGAAAGAUAAUCCUGACACCCUCCAAAAAAUAGUUACUGACUUGUAGAGGUCAGCUUUUUUAAAAGAAGAUAAAUCAGAUGGAACUGAAUUGAAAUCCAAGAUGAAACUUUUUCAGGGGGCUUAUUAAAUAAAGUAAUUAAGGGGCAAUAGUGAAUUGUUUGAAAUCAGCUACCUGGGAAUCCUGAACAACCCUGUUACCAACCUCAAAGUCUUUGCAAGGCAUCAAGUUGUGGAAAAUAUGGGUUGUCGGAAUAAAUUUUCUUGUGUUUUUAACACCAUCCUCGGCCCCCUAAACCCACUAGGUCCCAAGCACCCGAUGGACAUUUAAUCAAAGGCAAAUUCCACGAAGUUCACUUGAGUUGAGAGAAACGCGGACCAUACAGGAUCGCGGCCCUAGACGAAGCCUUAAUCUGAUCUGAUCUGCAGCCAGUAACGAGUGACGCGUUUCCUCAGUCCUCGCCUCACUUGCGACCGACGGGUGCUCCCCGCUAACGACGCAAGCGCCGGGUUAGAGCUGCAGGUGUUUUUCUCUGCCGAGGUCGUUCCCGGGAUCACCGCGCCGCCCUCGCCUCCUUAGGACCCACGUAGUUCGGUCUCCUCUCCCUGGGCGGCCCUUUCCCUCGCGAUUCCGCGAAAGUGGCAGCGGAGCAGCAGGAGGUGUCUCUGCCGCCUCCUCCUCCUCCUCCCCUUUGCUUUCUUUUCGGUGCCCUCCGAGCUAAUCGGAGCACAAAGGGGCACAGGAGGGGCGGAGGCAGGCCGUCCCUCUUGGAUCACCGAUCCCGCGGACGGCGUAAACAAAUCCAGCGAAGGGGCGCGAAGAUGGCGAGGACCCGGGUGGCGGCAGUUCUCUUGAUUUCUCGAACGCCGCCAGGCGCAGCGUUGGCAGGGAUCGUCUUGGCACUCUGGUCCUGCUGCCAUCCCGCGGGCUCCCUCUCGGCUUCUUCCCUGGGCGCCGGGGAACGGGCGCUUAGUCUCCACCCGCCUUACUUCAAUCUGGCGGAGACAACCCGCAUUUGGGCAACUGCCACCUGCGGGCAGGACGAGAGCGGGAGGCCCCGCCUAGAGCUCUUCUGCAAGCUGGUGGGGGGACCCGCGGCUUCCCCCGCCGGGCAAACCAUCCAGGGCCAGUUUUGUGACUAUUGCAAUGCUGCUGAUCCUAAUAAGGCUCAUCCAAUAGACUAUGCUAUAGAUGGAACAGAGCGUUGGUGGCAAAGUCCUUCUCUUUCCUUGGGUUUGAAGUAUGAUGAAAUAAACGUUACUUUGGAUCUAGGACAGUUGUUCCAUGUGGCCUAUGUCCUCAUCAAAUUUGCAAAUUCUCCUCGUCCAGAUUUGUGGGUAUUAGAGAGAUCAAUAGACUUUGGAAGAACAUAUACACCAUGGCAAUAUUUUGCCUAUUCUAAGGCAGACUGUUGGGAGCAUUUCAGAAAGGAAGCUAAUAGUCCUCUCAGAAAGGAUAAUGAUGUCAUUUGCACAACAGAAUAUUCUCGGAUAGUGCCUUUAGAAAAUGGAGAGAUUGUGAUAUCCUUGGUAAAUGGCCGUCCAGGAGCAAAUACUUUCAGCCAUUCUCCCAUACUUAGAGAGUUUACUAAAGCCACAAAUAUUCGUUUACAUUUCCUCAGAACCAACACUCUUCUUGGACACUUGAUCUCGAAAGCUCAGCGGGAUCCAACUGUGACACGCAGAUACUACUACAGUUUAAAAGACAUCAGCAUUGGUGGACAGUGUGUUUGUCAUGGACAUGCUGAUGUGUGUGCUGGAAAAACUGACCCAAAUUCCUACAGGUACCAAUGUGAAUGUCAACACAAUACUUGUGGGGAAACCUGUGAUCGUUGCUGUCCAGGGUAUAAUCAGAAAAGUUGGCAACCUGCAACAGCCAGCAGCACAAAUGUCUGUGAACCCUGCAACUGUCAUGGCCAUGCCCUUGACUGCUAUUAUGAUCAUGAUGUUGAACGACGUAAAGAAAGCCUAAAUCUUCAUGGACAGUAUCAAGGGGGAGGAGUCUGCAUUGACUGUCAGCAUAAUACAGCUGGUAUAAAUUGUGAGAAAUGUUUAAAGGGAUACUAUCGUCCAUAUGGUGUUCCAAUCACAGCAGUGCAUGGAUGUAUACCCUGCUGGUGUAGCCCUGAACAUUCCAAUGGCUGUGAAGAAGGAUCAGGUCGCUGUUAUUGUCAGCUAAACUAUCAGGGUGAAACCUGUGAUCGGUGUGCUGAUGGAUACCAUAGUUUUCCCUUCUGUUACCGAAUUCCUAUCUCCCCAGCUACAACUCAGAACCCAGCAGUCCCUUCACCUGGUCAUAUUGAUGGCAGUCGUUGCAGACCAGGAGAUUUUGGAACACACUGUCAGCCUUGUCAGUGUUCAACGUAUGGGUCCUACCAAGACACAUGCCAUCCGACCUCAGGCCAAUGUGAUUGUCGACAUGGUUUCAUAGGCAAACAGUGUGACCGAUGUGUCUCAAAAAGUAGUACUUUUCCUCAUUGCCAAGGGGUCAUCGAUGAAUGUGAUCCUGCUGGAACCAGAGAUUCUUAUUCUGGCUAUUGCCAGUGCCUACAAAAUGUAGAGGGCCCAACCUGUAGCAUCUGUAAGCCACUUUACUGGAACCUGGACAGUGCUAAUCCUUAUGGAUGUAUAGACUGCCAUUGUAAUGUAGCUGGAGUACUAAGUGGUAUUAGAGAAUGUCAGCAGCUGGCUGGUGAAUGUUACUGCAAACCUAAUGUUUGUGGAGGUCCUUGUGAUACUUGUGAAGCUGGUUAUCAUGGCCUGGAAACCAAAAAUUAUUUUGGAUGUCAAGGAUGCAAAUGUGAUGUGGGAGGGUCUGUAAGUCACGUCUGCAAUGACCUGACAGGUGACUGCCAGUGCAGAAGUCAUAUAAUUGGGAAAACUUGUACAGAGCCUGAAAAGAAUUAUUACUUACCCGAUUUACAUCACAUGAAGUUUGAAAUUGAGGAUGGUACAUCUCCUAAUGGAAGAGGAGUCCGGUUUGGUUAUAAUUCUCAAGAAUUUCCUGGCUUCAGUUGGAGAGGUUAUGUGCAGAUGUCUUCAAUACAGAAUGAAGUCAGGAUAACUUUGAGUGUGAAGAAACCAAAACCCUAUUUAUUUCAUGUUAUCUUGAGGUAUAUAAAUCCUGGAACUGCAAUAAUAUCUGGCCACAUAACAGCUUAUCAAUCUCGGACCUUAAAAGGGACUGAUCAGAGCAAAGACAUCUUCUUCCCACUCAGUAGAGAGCCAGCUUUUGUAACUGUUCCAGGAAAAGGUUUUGCAGAUUCAUUUUUAUUGGGACCUGGAACUUGGAUGUUUAAAAUCAUGGCAGAGGGUGUACUUCUGGAUUACCUAGUGCUCUUACCGAGUGACUACUAUGAAGCAUCCAUCUUGCAAUUUCCAGUUGUACAUCCUUGCACAUAUUCAGGAUAUAUCAAAACAGAUAACUGUUUGCAGUAUGAAUACUUGUCAGUGGACAAAUAUCGCUGUGUUUUUGGUACAGAGAUAACAUUUUUCUUGCAUAGGGGAGAAUACAGAAAAACAACUUUCCAACAGCCAACAGUCAAACAUCCAGUGAUGUCUCAUAUUAGUGGUCAGGAGGUGAAUCUUCAGAUCAAACUGAAAGUUCCACAAGUUGGCCGUUAUGUAAUCCUCUUUGAGUAUGUCACAGUUUAUGACCUAAUGUAUGUCAGUAAUGUAAAGACUGAGAGUCUUGGACAAGUGAUGGAGGCUAAAAUUAAUAUAUACAGCUGCAAAUAUAGCUUCCUGUGUCGCAGUGUUGUGAUUGAUGAGAUGGCUCGUAUUGCAGUUUUUGACCUUUUGGCUGAUACAACAUUACAUCUCAGAUCAUCAGCUUUAGAUUUUCUAUUGCAUAAAAUUUGCAUUAUUCCAAUUGAGGAUUUUUCUCUGGACUAUGCGGAACCUCAAGUUUAUUGCAUUGCAACAUACAUCCAUGGUUCAAGUGCCUCCUGCAUACCAUUGCAAUAUGAAAAGCCCCUUGAAGCUGUAGUUUUGGAUGCUCGCAGGGACAGCAAAGUUGUAGAAGGGUCAAGAUAUGUGGUCUCCCCGGAUUCUUUGAGUUCUCCUUUAUCAUCUCUUCACUCAGCUAAUGGUGUGAUUCUGUCUUCCUCACGGAACCAAAUUAUCCUGAAUGGGAGAGUCCCACAUAUAGGCCGAUAUGUGUUUAUCAUACAUUUUUACCAGCCAGAAAAUCCAACAUUUUCAGUGCAAAUAUUAGUGGAUGGAGGACAACUUUGGUCAGGUUCUUACAAUGCUUCAUUUUGUCCACAUAUUUCCGGAUGUCGAAGUCUGCUAAUGUCUGAAAAUCAUAUUGAAUUUGAUAUCCUUAAACAUGACAUCUCAAUCACUAUGAAAAUUCCCAAUGAAAGAACAAUGGUAUUGGAGUAUAUCCUGGUUGUUCCAGCACAUAGCUACAACUACACACUUCUUCAUAAAGACAGUGUGAUUCGUUCAACAGAUUUCAUCAGUCAGUGUGGUGGAAACAGUUUUCACAUUGUUCCUGGCAAUUCCUCAGAAUUUUGUCGAAAUUCAGCUCGAUCACUGGUGGCUGCUUUUAAUGACGGGGCACUGCCAUGCAAUUGUCACAGAAAGGGUGCCACCAGCGCUGCUUGCAACCCUGAUGGGGGACAGUGUAACUGCAGAGCACACAUCAUCGGUCGCCAGUGCACCAGGUGUCAGACAGGUUACUAUGGAUUUCCAUUCUGCAAACCUUGCAGCUGUGGAAGGAGUCUUUGUGAUGAUAUCACUGGGAAAUGUAUUUGUCCCCCACAAACUGUUAAGCCUAGAUGUGAAGCGUGUGUGAGGUUGCACUUUGGAUAUCAUCCACUUACUGGCUGUGAAAAGUGCAAUUGUUCAAGCAAAGGAGUUACCAGUGCUAUGAAUCCUGAAUGUAAUAAAAUUGAUGGACAGUGCAGAUGUCGAUCAGGAAUAGCAGGGCGGCAGUGUGAUCAUUGUGCUCCUGGUUCUUAUGGUUUUCCCAACUGUAAACUUUGUAAAUGUAACAGAGGAGGGACAGAACGGGACAUCUGCAAUCCACAAACAGGAGUUUGCCUCUGUAAGGAGAAUGUUGAAGGGGUGCAAUGUGACAUGUGCCGUUCAGGAUCGUUUUAUCUGGACCCUGCUAAUCCCAAAGGUUGUACUACUUGCUUUUGCUUUGGAGCCACCAAUAUUUGCCACAGUGCAAAUAAACAUAGAGUCAAGUUCACCGACAUGAGAAACUGGCAUCUGGAAGCAGUGGGUAAUGCCAUGAGUAUUCCUACAACUUUCAAUCCUAUUAGCAAUAGUGUUGUUGCUGAUGUCCAAGAAUUACCUCCCUUUCUGCACAAUUUAUAUUGGGUGGCACCAUCAUCUUACUUGGGGAAUAAGCUUUCUUCAUAUGGAGGAUAUUUAAGUUAUCAGUUGAAAUCUUUUGGUUUACCUAGUGAAGGCAUGGCUCUUCUGGAAAAAAGACCAGAUGUACAGAUAAUUGGACGGGAGAUGAAAAUAACCUAUAUAGAUCCCAAUAAUCCUUUGCCAGACAAACUGUAUUAUGGAUCAGUUCAAUUAGUUGAGGAGAACUUCAGGCACACCAGCAGCAAUAACUUAGUAUCUCGAGAGGAGCUGAUGAUGGUCCUGUCUAGACUAGACGGAUUACAAAUCAGAGGUCUUUACUUCACAGAAACUCAGCGGUUAACCCUGGGCAAUGUUGGUCUGGAAGAAGCCACGAACACAGGAAAUGGUGAUAUCGCUUAUGCUGUAGAGGCGUGUUCCUGCCCUCCUGAAUAUAUGGGUGAUUCAUGUCAGGAAUGCAGUCCAGGAUUGUAUCGUGAGAGUGUGGGUCAAUUUAUGGGAAAGUGUGUUCCGUGCAAUUGUAAUGGAAAUUCAGAUAGAUGCCUGGAUGGUUCUGGAAUUUGUAUUAACUGUCAACAUAAUACUGCUGGAGAAAAGUGUGAGCGUUGUAAAGAAGGAUAUUUUCGAGAUGCCAGUCAAGGACUUUGUAAGGAAUGUCACUGCCCUUACACAAACAGUUUUGCUUCCGGCUGUCUGGAAGUUAAUGGAGAAAUUCAAUGUUUUUGCAAAGAAGGCUAUUCUGGAAAGCAUUGUGAAAGCUGUGCUCCUGGUUAUUUUGGAAAUCCACUGAAAUACAGAUCCUGUCAAAAAUGUAAUUGCCUGGAGAAUGGCCAGCUCACAAAAUGUGAUCGCUUGACUGGGGAAUGCAUAAGCCAAGAACCAAAAGAUAUAGAUCCAAAUGAAGACUGUAAUUCUUGUGAGAGUUGUGUAAUCACAUUGUUGGAAGAUUUGAGUACAAUGGGAAGUGAGCUCCGAGUGAUUGAAUUUCAAAUGCAAAGUAUCAACACUAGUGCCCAACUGCUGGGCCAGAUGAAACACCUGGAAGUCCGUAGCAAGCAACUAGAGAGUCUAUUGGAUCACUCUAGUUCUGUUGUUAAAACUCAGCGUUCAAAGGUAGAUGAACUGGAGACAGGUUUGUCUCACCUUAAUCAAAAUAUGAAUGCUCUGAAAGAAAAGGCUGAAGGUAAUCACAAGAAAGCACAGACUCUUUUAAAUAAUUUUAGUAAAACUAAUCAAAGAGGAAGAGCUUUAAUUUCAAAGAUCCAAUCUAUUCUCAUCCAUAUUAAUGUUCUCUUGGGACAGAUAGACGGCACUUCUACAGAAGGAAACUCUUUGCCCAUAAAACACUCUGCAAAAGAGCUGGUGCAAGCUCAGCAAAUGAUCAAUGAAAUGAGAAACCGCAAUUUUGGCCAACAGUUAUCAGAAGCAGAAAAGGAGAAAGGAAAAGCCCAACACUUGCUAGAUCGAAUAAGGAAUGAACUAGAAAAGCGUAAAGCAAACAACCAAGGGCUCAUUAAAAGUGUGAGAGAUUCACUAAAUGAAUAUGAAUCCAAGCUCAAUGAUCUUCAUGAAUCUUUGAGAGAGGCAAAAGAACAAAUCAAGCUAGCUGAAAAUUUAAAUGGAGAAAAUCAACGUCUUUUGGAAGAUAUUAAGAAACAGACAGAAGAGAUGACUAGACAACAGAGUGCCAUACGGGAUCUUCUGAAUUCUGCUAAAGCAUCAGUGUCUCAAACAAACAAUAUAUUUGAAUUGUUCCAGAAGAGUAAGGAGGAAUAUGAAAGCCUAGCUGCCAAUUUGGAUGAAGCAAAGAAAGAUCUGGAUGAAAAACUGAAGAGCCAGUUCUUAUCGUCCAGUAAGGAACCUUUGGUAGUGAAAGCAGAAAUGUAUGCCGACUCUUUACAAGACCUGGCAAGAAAGUUGGAUGAACUCAAGAAGAAUGCCAGCAAGAAUGAGCUUGUGACCUGUACUGUGGGAGGUGCUACCACUUUUGAGAACAUUUCUGAUAUUAUUAGAGCAGCAGAAGCAGCAGCCAACAAAGCAUUAAGUGCAGCAGAUUCAGCUUCAUCGAUAGUGGAUGAAAAAGAUCUAUCUGGAAUGGCUGAAAGACUGAAAACCAACAGUGGAAAAGUGUUAAACAAAGCGCGAGAAACACAGAAGACAUUGCAAGAUCUCAGUCCAGCACUUGAUGUUAUGAGGAACAAGCUUCAGGAAGCUGAACGGAAAAAAACUGCAAUACAGGGAAAUCUUAGUGAGUUCCAAAAUAACCUCCAGGGAAUAAAGAGAGAUAAGACAGAGAGCUUAAUCACAAUUGCAAAUACCAUGAUUAAAAAUGCCAACAAUAUUACAACAAAUGUACUCAGUGAACUGGACCCCAUUAAAGCUGGAGUUGAGAACAUAAAGAACACCUAUGAAAAUAUACAGAUUACUGAUUUCAACAAGGCUUUGAGAGAAGCAAGCCAUUCAGUAAAUAACUUAACAAGCAUGCUCCCAGAUCUGUUUAACAAGAUUACAAAUAUCAAUCAGCAAGUCAUAUCAACAAGCAAUAUAACUGAGAAUAUAAAUCGCAUCAGGGAACUCAUCCAGAAAGCCAGAGAUGCUGCAAAUAAGGUAGCCAUCCCUAUGAAAUUCAAUGGCAAAUCGGGAGUUGAAGUUCGACUUCCUGAUAUCCUGGAUGAUCUGAAGGGUUAUACUUCCCUUUCUUUCUUUCUACAAAGGCCUGAUAAAAAGGAACACAUGACACAACCACGCAACAUGUUUGUCAUGUAUCUGGGUAACAAAGAUAGUUCCAGCAACUAUAUCGGUAUGGCUAUUCGUGGUGGUCAUCUUAUUUGCGCCUAUAACCUAGGAGGCUCCGAAAAUGAAAUACGAGUGAUGGAAAAAUUGUAUGAGAAAAACACUAGGGACAUAACUUUGGAUCUAGUCUCAUUUAAGAGAAUUUACCAGUAUGCAGAAUUAGAAUACAAGCAUGCUGCAUCCUCAGAUUUGUCAGCCAAAUAUGUACCUCAAGAUUCUAGUAGGAAUAGUAACACUCUUCUUAACUUGGAUCCUGACAAAGUGGUCUUCUAUGUGGGAGGAUAUCCACCAGAAUUUACGCCUCCGAGUGUACUGGACUAUCCACAUUAUGAAGGUUGCGUUGAAUUAGAUAGCUUAAAUGACAGAAUUUUCAGUCUGUACAAUUUCAAGAGGACUUUUAAUCUUAAUACUACUGUGGUGCAACCGUGCAGGAGAUACAGAGAACAAUCUGAUGAAUUUUACUUUGAAGGCAUAGGUUAUGCACAUAUCAAAGUUUCUUCAGACUCAGCAAACAUAAGAUAUGAACAAACCAUUCAAACUACUUCAGAUGUCGGGUUGGUGUUCUUUGCAGAAAAUCAGGACAAGUUUAUUAGUUUACGAAUUGAAAAUGGCAGCCCAAUAUUCACAUACAAAGUUGAUUCACAACCUCCGAGAGAAAUAUUAAAUGGAAGCAUGAACAAUGUAGCAGAAAAUUCGGUUAUUUUACACAUUUCCCCCAAACAAUAUAUUUUGGGAAUUGACAAACUUAGAUUAUAUGCCAUCGUGAAGACAUUUCAUUUUAAUUCAUAUUACUUGGGAGGAAUUCCAACCUCUUUAAGAGAACGGUUUAAUAUAUCCACACCACCAUUUCGUGGGUGCAUGAAGAAUAUUAAAACCUCAUUUGAACGUUCUAUAAGCUUCUCUGACAGUUUUGGUGUCAGCAGAAAAUGCCCGGAUGACUGGAAGCUGAUGAGAACUGCAAACUUUUUCAAGAAUGGAGUUCUUGACUUAAGUGAUCAAGAUUUUCCAUUCCCUGAUAAUUUCCAAGUUGGAUUUGGUUUUCACACAUUGGCAGAUAAUGGAAUGCUAUUAAGUUAUAAUAUACGGCUUGCCGAUUUUACCGUUUUCCUAAGAAAUGGCUAUGUAAUUGUAAGCCUGGCUGAUGAAGAAAUCCAGUCUAGCAAAAAAUGUGAAAUUGGUUCAAUGCAUUACAUAACAGUGAUAAAAGAAGACGAUACGCUGAAGCUAUUAUUUGAUGAUAUGCCUAACUCAAAAACAGUUGUAACUCCUGAAAGAAAUUCAAUGAAUCGACCAAUAAAACUGGGUGGAAACAACUUUGAAGGGUGUAUGUCCAAUAUCUUUAUUGAACGUUCACAGUCACCUGCUCAGGUUCAAAAUUUAACCGAUUCGGUUAGGACAAAUGUGUCUCUAGGGUUUUGUAUGAUUCCAGAACGACAAAAGCCAAUGCUGUUGAAAGAAUUACCAGAUACACCCCAUCCAAAGAUUUCAAAGGUUGGAAAUUAAGUUUUGUUAAAAAAUUAUUUAAUUUUUAUGAAUUCUGUUAUACUGUACAACUGUAUAUAAAAUUUGCUAUUACCUAUUUUUAUCAUGAAAAAUAAUACAGAAAAUAAACAGCAGGACCAUGUAAAAUUAUAAGCAACAAAAAGAAUGCAACAGCAGCAGUAAAAUUCAACCAAAAUUUGGAGGGAAUAAAUCUUCACUUGAUACUGAAAAAUUAUAAGCCUAAAUACCAACUGCAACUGAUAGGGGUACAAUUAGGGCACAUAUAUUCAGAACAGUGUCUGCAGUAUUGUCCCAUAAUUAAUAGCAAAUUAUCAACAUUAAGAUAGCAACUGUUCAUGGGAGAGCAGUUAGAGAUAAUUCAAUAUAAUAGGUAUUCCAUGUCUAUGCACUGAUUUUAGAUGAGAUGGGAAACAUCCUCCACCACUUGUAUCUCAGAGUACAGCCUUUUCUUUUAGAGGGUGUAAAAAUAGCAGUCUGGUUAUAAGCUACAAUUGAAACUGAAGCUCAUUUUUUUGGCCACCUAAUGAGAAGAGAGGACUUGUUGGAAAAAACCCUAAUGUUGGAAAAGAUUGAAGGCAAUAGGAGAAGGGAAUGGCAGAGGAUGAGAUGGUUAGAGUGUCAUCGAUGCAAUGAUCAUGAAUUUGGGCAAACUCUGGGAGAUAGUGGAGGAUAACCAUAUAUGAAAGAUAUAUGAAUAUAUAUUUAUGGUAUUUAAUUAAAAGCAAAUGGUAUAAGAUCCUUAUAGACCCCUCUUUUUUUCUUUAACUAAAAAUGACAUCUCAGUAAUUUUCAUAAACUGAUAGACUGCUGUUUUACAAUGCUGUCAUUUGCAAGUGUCAUCACCUUUAAUAAGAAUCAUUCAGGAUUGUAGCACUAGUCAGUAAGAAUAACUUGUUCAUUGAAUUAUAAUUGUAUCUAUAAUCCAUUUAUAAAACAAUAAGAAUAAAGUAGAAUUAAGUAUGUAAGUUAGUAUAUAUACCCCCAAUUUCUAAACAGUCUUCCAGUGUUAAUAAAAGACUUGUUCAAACAUACAAAAGGAAUUCUUUAAACAUGGUAUAAUCGUUACAGAAUGAAUUUUUUUUUACAUCUUAUAACAAUUAAUUUGCAAUCAUAAAAUCAAACAAUAUCCCUUUCUGUUAUUUUGUUGGUUUCCAAAUUAGUGGAAUAUAAAGUAUACUUUAAAGAACAGAA